AUGGCGCAAAGCCAGCCUUGGACCCAUCGACUCAGGGAACACUGUCAAGCCAGGCAGCUUGGGGAGAUCCAGUACCAGGAUGUAUCUGAUCGUCGAGGUGGCCGCACUGCUUGGUCCACCAUUGCUGUGGUGAACGGUAGCCAGUACCCAGCUCGCUUUUGGUACGAUGGAGCUUUCAUGGAACAAGCGAAGGAGGAUGCUGCUGAGAUAGCAUUGCGCAAGCUCACCGGAUGUGUCGAUCAAAAUUCCCAACCUCCGCCUGCGAGCCAAUACGGACGAGCACUUGCUGCGUAG